GACUCUCUCUCUCAGCAGUCAUCGACCUUUCUUUCUCCCCACCACCACCAGCGCCUGCACCGACGACCACGACCACCAGUGCCUCCUGAUUCUCCGACGACCACCACCACUAGCGCAUCUCGGCUCUCCGACGAACACCACCACCACCAGCGCCUCCCAAUUCUCCGACGACCACCACCACUUGCGCCUCCCGAUUCUCCAACCACCACCAUCGCCACCAGGCCUCCCGGCUCUCUGAAGACCACCACCACCAGCGCCUCCCGGCUCUCCGACGACCACCACCAACGUAUUUGUCCAGAAACGGUGUCGUUUGAGGUCUUCACAAAUUCCCAGUUUCUUUCUAAAACAAUUCUCCGUUCCAUCCACUAUCGCCGACGUCACUCUCGCCGUCGACGCCGCCAGAGGUCAUGACACAGUCAAGCAGCAGCCAUUGGGUUUUAUGGCAAGUUCAAUAGCUAAAGUGGGCGUUAACUUGGCAUCGGUUCUUCCACUUACCCUCGAACAAACACUAAUCUCACUCAUACGAUCAUGUAAAAACCCUAAUCACCUCCUACAACUCCAACCCCAGAUUAUAACCAGUGCCAUUGAUUACAAGAGCCACAUCACAAGCUCCCAUUUCGUCUCAAAAUGCUGCGAACUGAAGCUAAUAAAUCACGCCCGACAAGUGUUUGAUAGAUUGCCUGAACGGAGCCAUACGUCGCUUUGGAAUGUCAUGUCGAAAGGGUAUCUCCAAAAUCACGCCUACAACGAUGUGAUGGUGUUGUUCGCUGAUAUGAGGAGGGAGAAUGUGAAUCCCAAUUGCUACACACUACCGGUGGUCUUGAAAUCGUGCUGCAAAGCGUUUGCUCUGAGAGAAGGCGAACAAGUGCAUUCUGUCGCAAUCAAGACAGGUUUCAAGUCGAAUACUUACGUUGGUACUAAUUUAAUUGAGUUUUAUUCGGGAGGUGGGCAUGUGACGCGCGCUUACAGGGUUUUCACUGAAAUGGUACUAAGAAACGUGGUUUCUUGGACUGCAAUGAUCAACGGGUAUGUAGCCAACGGCGAUCUGGUUUCGGCAAAGAGGCUUUUCGAUUUGGCACCGGAGCGAGAUGUUGUGUUGUGGAGUAGGAUUGUUUCAGCCCAUGCGGAGGCAGGAGAUAUGGUGGAGGCUAAGAGACUUUUCGACUUAAUGCCGGGAAAAGAUUUGAUGUCUUACAACACGUUGUUGAAUGGAUAUGCGAAUAAUGGAGAUGUGGAGGGCUUCGAGAGAAUAUUCGAGAAUAUGGAGGAGAGGAAUAUUUUCUCGUGGAACGGACUUAUUGGAGGAUAUGCUCACAACGGGCGUUUCGUUGAGGUUCUUGGUGCCUUUAAGAGGAUGAUAAGAGAGAGUGAUGUGCAGCCUAAUGAUGCGACACUCGUUAGUGUGUUGGCUGCUUGUGCAAGAUUAGGUUCCCUUGAUUUCGGUAAAUGGGUUCAUAAAUACGCCGAGAGAUCGGGCUAUAAAGGGAAUGUUUACGUUUGCAACGGUUUAAUGGACAUGUACGCAAAGUGUGGGUUGGUUGAAUGCUCGAUUGAUGUGUUCAAUAGCAUGGAUAAGAAGGAUUUAAUAUCUUGGAAUACGAUAAUUAAUGCCUUAGCAGUGCACGGUCACGGAGCGGAUGCGUUGGAAAUUUUCGGUGAGAUGAAAAGUAGCGGAGAAAAACCAGAUGGGAUCACAUUCAUCGGCAUAUUGUGUGCUUGUUCGCAUAUGGGUUUAGUUAAGGAUGGAUUGGACCAUUUUCACUCGAUGAGGGACGAACACUCGAUCGAACCUCAAAUCGAGCAUUACGGUUGUGUAGUCGACCUCUUGGCUCGAGGUGGGCUGUUGGAGCAAGCUUUGGAGUUCAUUCGUAAGAUGCCUAUGGAAGCAGACGGUGUCGUAUGGACUGCUUUACUUGCUGCUUCACGGGUUCAUAAGAAAAUCGAGUUUGCAGAACUGUCUCUUAAAAAACUCAUCGAAAUCGACCGCGAAAACCCUGCGAAUUAUGUUAUGCUGUCGAAUGUGUACGGCGAAGCACGAAAGUGGGAAGAUUUGGCACGGUUGAAAGUUGCGAUGAGGGACACGGGAUCUAAGAAGGUGCCUGGGCUCAGCUCGAUUCAGACCGACGAUGAGAUUGUUGAGUUCUAUUGUUUUGACGAGAGGCAUUUGAAAACGGAAGAGAUAUAUUGCGCUCUUAGAGGAUUGACAAAGCUGUUGAGAUUAUGUGGAGCAGAUCCAACGGAACUUGAGUCGGGGAGUUAGGUAUGCUGUACAUCUACUGAUUCCAUCAAUUUACCGUUAGUCAGUUUAGGCAGUAACGGGAACACGCUUGAUUCCGUUAGUUUUAACGAAAAAUUGAUGAAAAUGACUCGAAGUGUUGAAUUUUUGAAA